GCAGGCCCCGCCGUCGACCAGAGCUCUCGGGCUCUGCUGCGGACGUGACUGGGUUGAGCGGAAAGGGGGGGCCUGAGCCGCUCGUCCGGGUCUCAGUUUACCCAGCUGUAAAAUGGGACCAGGUACAGCUCCGCCCUCAAGGCGGGGCGUGAGGAGGAGCCAAACCCUUGGAGGACUGGCGGGCGGGUUCACAGAUUACGCCAGUGUGCGGGGCGGGGGAACUCCAUUUCCCGGAGUGCUCCGCGGGGUCUGCGUCUCCCAGAGCGCCCAGCGUUGCCCGGGGCGGUACUCCAUUUCCCAGAGCGCCCCGCGGACGGGAACUCCAUCUCCCACAGUACCCGGCGCCCAUCCCCCGGCGCCUACGGGACCCGGACGCUCGGGCCUGUUCCCCGCGCCGUGGGCGGCGGCCUUGCCCCGACGGCUUGGUGGUGCCGGCGGCGGCGCGAUGGACAGUCCCGAGGUCACCUUCACGCUGGCCUACCUGGUGUUCGCCGUGUGCUUCGUGUUCACGCCCACCGAGUUCCACUCGGCCGGGCUCACGGUGCAGAACCUGCUGUCGGGCUGGCUGGGCAGCGAGGAUGCCGCCUUCGUGCCCUACCACCUGCGCCGCACGGCUGCCACGCUGCUGUGCCACUCGCUGCUGCCGCUGGGCUAUUACAUGGGCAUGUGCUUUGCAGCCUCGGAGAAGCGGCUCUACUCCCCUAGCCAGGCCCCUGAGGCCUGGCAGCUCUUCCUCCUGCUGGCGGUGACCCUGCCCACCAUCGCCUGCAGCCUCACCUACAACUGGUCCCGGGACCGGUGGGCCCGCCACCCACUGGCCCGCACCCUGGCCCUCUAUGCCCUCCCGCAGUCAGGCUGGCGGGCUGUUGCUUCCUCAGUCAACACUGAGUUCCGGCGGAUUGAUAAGUUUGCCACUGGGGCGCCGGGUGCCCGUGUAAUCGUGACGGACACGUGGGUGAUGAAAGUGACCACAUACCGUGUGCACGUGGCCCAGCAACAGGAUGUGCACCUGACUGUGACAGAGUCACAGCAGCAUGAGCUGUCACCGGACUCAAACCUGCCUGUGCAGCUCCUCACCAUCCGUGUGGCCAGUGCCAGCCCUGCCGUGCAGGCCUUCGACAUCAGGCUCAACUCCACGGAGUAUGGCGAGCUGUGUGAGAAGCUGCGGGCACCCAUCCGCAGUGCGGCCCACGUGGUCAUCCGCCAGAGCCUCAGUGACCUCUUCCUGGACACGUUUGCCUCCCUGGUGGAUGCCAAUCCGGCCUACUCGGUCCCCAGCAGCCAGGAACUGGAGGCAUGCAUCGGCUGCAUGCAGACACGUGCCAGUGUUAAGCUGGUGAAGACUUGCCAGGAGGCGGCCGAAGGCGAGUGCCAGCAGUGCUACUGCCGCCCCAUGUGGUGUCUCAUCUGCAUGGGCAAGUGGUUCGCCAGCCGCCAGGACCCGCAACGCCCUGACACCUGGCUGGCCAGCCGCGUGCCCUGCCCCACUUGCCGUGCGCGCUUCUGCAUCCUGGACGUGUGUGCCGUGCGCUGAGUUGGCCAGCCCCUGCCAGUGCCCCCACCGCUGCCUCCAGGCCAGGGCUCCCCCAAUUGCAGGAGGAUGAGGGCUUUCAUCCUCUCUACAGAGGAAGUUCUCUGCUGAAGCUCAGGCGGUGGCGAUGGACUGGGUCUUCAGCGCUCCUGCUGCCUCCAUUUCCCACUCCUCCCGUGCGGGUGGGUGCUUGUCACAGAGAAAACCGCCUUGGGCCUAUCUCCGAAGGAUUCCAGGGGCCCCUGAGCUGUCUUUUCCCAGAUGGCCCUAACCUGGGCCACUUGCCUUAAUUUUAUGGAGCACGUCUACCUGCUGGUUAUAUGCCAGACGCAGUUUCGUCCAAGACCAGCCAUGAUAAGUCCUCCUACUCCUGUUCCCAAGCCGGCUGCUGGCCUCACGGAAGCUGCUCUGAGGACCUUAGGCAGCCUGCCAGUGGAGGGGAGACCUGGAGUGCCACUCUAGGGUGAGAGCAUUGCCUGGGAUUUCCUGGUGGCUGCUCGUGGGUGAGGUGGCCCCUACCUGCUCCCUACCCACGGAGACCCCAGGCUUCCCAUAGCCCUGGGCGAGGGACUGGCUGCUCUUAGCUGCCGUUCUCUUAGCUGUGUGCUUAUGGGGGCCAUCUAUCCCGUAGAGGGGUAUGCGCCUAUGUGCCUUCUGCCCCCGAGAGUCCAGGGAAAGGCCAAACUUCAGGUUCCCCGCUGGGGGGCAUUGAGCUGAAGAGCAAGCACCCUCAGUGACACUCUACAUCCACAACAGACUUGUCAGGAUGCAGCACAAGGCUGGCCACGACCCCACAGGGUUCAUCUGAUUUAGACGAGGACAGGCCCAGUGGUGAAGGCACUGAUGUGUGUCUUACCAUUUCCUGGUGGUGCAGGUGGGGAUGGGGGAGGUCCAUGCCAGGCCCCAGGACGAGCUCUUAAUAGGCUUGGCUGCUGGAGCCCUCACACUCAGCUCGAAGUCCCCUAAAACUGGCCAUUUGAAGGAGGGGCUGGGCUCAGCCGGGCCAACUCACCCAAGGCCAUGCAACCCCUGAGGAUUUGGGAGCAGAGAAUUUGUGGGCCCCUGGGGUGCUCAGCAGAUGGGUCAUGGGGGGUGAGGGGGGCAGCUAGGAGCCUUGCCCAGCCGCAACCUGGAGUUUCAUGUGCUGCCAAGGGAGGGCCCCUAUGGGCUAUUGCUACAAAAGAAAGUUCCUUCGUUUUAUAAAGAUAAGUCUACUGUAGCUAAGUGAUAUUAGUGUCUAAUAAAGUAUUAGCCUGAAGUUACAUAUA